AUGACAACGUUGAAUGUUGAUGACAACAACAGUAUUGCUUCGCGCACACGUUCGAAACGUAAAAUUAAUGCUUCGGAUCAAGGUGUUCAACAGAGUAAUGGCAAUGGUAUGGUUGAUCGAGUUGCAAAGCUAUGGAAUAAACUCAACGAUGCUCUUGUAUAUGCGCCUUACUUUCAGAACACAAAUCAGAAAGGAGUAUCUGAAGAACGCAUCAAACAAAUUGAGUCUAAGUUGAAAGUUUCAUUGCCAACUGAAAUCCGUACAGUAAUUAGUAUACACGAUGGGCAAAAUAAGAUCGGCUAUGGACUGAGCCACCGUUUGGCAACAACUGAUCUUCUUCCGGUUUCGCAAUGGCGACCCUAUGAGACAAACCAUGAAGAAUGUGAACUUCUGCUCGAAUGUCUCGUCGAUAAAAAGAUCUAUGAAACAGCUGAACUGCGCGACGAUGUUCGAGAUCAUUUAACUGCAUACCUCAAUGGUAUUAAACAAGCAUCAACAAACAACAGAAAAACUGAAUAUAGUAUAGCUAACGAUGAUGUAUUUCAUGCAUUACCCUGUGAGCUACUUAUAAUUGGCGAAGGUAUGGACGAUUACACUGAGCAAUAUUUGUUGAGUGUACGAACAAGUCGAAUCUACAUGGCCAUACAUAAUAUACCUGAAUGGACAUUGAUCGGUACUUUCAGUGACUGGAUAGACAUGGGUACAGAAAAUGCAAUACGCGAUAAAACAGACAUUAAACAACUUCGCAACGAUUUGAAUUAG